AUGUCGGCUGAUACUCAAACGAACGACUUGCACCCGAACGGCGUUGUAGAGAUGGAUUAUGACCACAUUCCUUCCACCCCUCCUGAUAUCACGGGUAUCGUCCAUUCUUCAUCACAACAAUCCAUUCCUUCCACUGAAGGUCCGAACUCGCCUUUUGACCCAUCUACUUUGUUCAAGACCGAGGUAAUGGAAGACCGUAACCCAUCUUCCCAGAUUAUUCCCUCAUCAUUGACCCCACCUCCCUCGUCUCAGGUUCCUACGGUGAACGGGGCUUCCAACAUGCCUCUGGGUUAUGUUAGCUCACAGAGAGCUAACAUAUUCUCUCCUCCUGCGACGGCACUCCGGACACUUGCACGAGAUGGGAGUUCUGUAUCGGGCUAUGUUGUUCCAAAUUCGGAUCAAAUCGCAGACGCCUCGACCGACGAGCUCCGUACUUUGGUUCAGACAUGUCUCGCCGAAAAUGCGAGGUUGAAGAUGGAGACAGCCCAUCACAAAUUACAAUAUAACCUUCUCAGCAUGCAGGCUGACGAGGAUGCAAAGAGAGCGGCAGUAGAACAUGACAUGACGAGACGGGAAGUCGAGGUACUACGUAUGACUGAGAACUCCCGUCAAGCUCGACGAGAGCUAGAUGCGGCUACCGAUUCAACUCAAGUCAAAUAUCGAGAACUUCAAGCUCAGUAUGAAAUUGUCGUAAAGGAGAACGAGGCUCUUCAGAAACGCAUCAAAUCUGCUACCAAGAUUAUUCAACAGCAGAGCGAGGAACGCGACAGCUUGAUUGACGAGCGUGACAUGCUUCUCAAUCGCAUUCGUGAAAACAGGGAACACUUCCAUAUGCUCUGCAGUCCCGGUGGAGUAUUUCACGGCGCCUUAACACCGAAGACUCCCGCAGCUGCUUCACCUCAACAAUACCGAGCCACACCACGGCAGACGUCCAAAGCUGUCCAUCGAGAUGUCCGCCAGGACAAUGAUACAAAUCAGGCUGGGUUUGCUGCUCUCCUCCAGGCUUUAAGUCAUGAUAACAGUGCACCAUCUACCCCAACAGCAACUGGUCGGCCUACACUACGAGUGCCUCCAAGGCACACUCGCGGAGUCCAGUCGCUAUCGUCUCUACCUACUACGCCAAUUGCCCGCCCCCGCGGAGAGUACUCGGGUUUACUACCUUCUGUUGAUCUAGUACCGCAAACUGAACCCCCAAACCGGUACGGCACUGGUCGGUAUGGUUUGGAGACACCGGUUCAGAAAAGAGGGCGUCAAAGUCGAGAAAGUACUAUAUCCGCCGAUGACAAUGAGGAGCUCGCCCGCGCAGCCUUAGAAUCAGUAGCAGCGGCUACUCAGUCAUACAUGUCGCAAGGUUCACGAGCGUCCCGGCGGAGAGAGGAGGAAGAGGUGUUUGAGAGCCAAGCCAGCCAAGCAGCAUCCGAGAUGCUACGCCGUGAUCCGCGGGAGAGUUUUGAGGUUGCUAGCUCGGUUGGAUCGCGCGAUGGUACGCCGGCACCAGCAGAGAAAUCUGCUAAACUACAAUCGAAGUUGUUCGCGGGUCUCAAUAAGGCUGGGCUCGCAGCAGAGAAGCGAAAGUUUAACGCCAGCACGGAGGGUAACGAGGGCCGCCGAGAAAACGCCGUGAGUCCUAAGAAGAUGAGAUACGGAGGGAACACGGAGGCCAAUGGCCGUGUUGGGCUAGGGAUUCGCUACGGCCAAGCAGCUUGA